AUCUAAGGUUUUUUAUGUCAUGGAGAUGGAUUCGACGACUAUACUGCUUAUGCAGUAUUUAAAAUGCGACAAAGCCAUGCUUAAGAGUAAAUUAUUUUCAGUCUUCGCGCUCUCCAAACUUUUGACCACCUCUUCACAUUGAUGGCAUCUAUUCCAUCAAAGUUAUAUUCAGAUGAUGUUAGCCUCCUCGUGCUUUUACUUGACACUAAUCCUUUCCUCUGGACUGGAGCAAACACCACCACCACCUCUCUCCCCGUCCCCAGUUUCCUUAAUCAUGUCCUCUCUUUCCUGAACUCCAUUCUCCUCCUCAAUCAACUCAACCAAGUCGUGGUUAUUGCCACCGGAGUGAAUUCUUGUGAUUACAUUUAUGACUCAUCUUCCUCUUUACCAACAACAGCUGAUAGGUCAGAAAAUGGGAGAAUGUCCAUGCUUUGUUCAAGACUACUGUCAAAAUUAGAGGAAUUUGUGAUUGAGGAUGAACGGUUGAGCAAAGACGAGUCGCCAGAAGGGAUUGUGUCUUCUCUUUUAUCAGGAUCAUUGUCUCUGGCUCUUUGCUGUAUCCUUAGUGAUAUACAGAGAGUGUUUCGUUCUGGACCGCUCCAUCCCCAGCCUAGAAUUUUGUGCCUGCAGGGAUCCCCAGAUGGACCUGAACAAUAUGUUGCAGUAAUGAAUGCAAUUUUCUCAGCCCAACGAUCCAUGGUUCCUAUUGAUUCAUGUGUUAUAGGAGCCCAGGAUUCUGCCUUUUUGCAGCAGGCUUCUUACAUAACAGGGGGUGUGUAUCUGAAGCCUCAACUACCAGAUGGGCUAUUUCAGUAUCUUUCGACGGUAUUUGCAACUGAUUUAUUGUCUCGAAACUUCUUACGACUUCCUAAGCCUGCAGGGGUGGAUUUUCGUGCCUCGUGUUUUUGUCAUAAAAAGACCAUCGACAUGGGCUACAUAUGCUCAGUUUGCUUGUCCAUAUUCUGCAAACAUCACAAGAAAUGUUCGACUUGUGGGUCUGUUUUUGGUCAGGCCCUUGGUGACACUACUUCAACAGUCCGGAAAAGGAAGACUCCAGAAACAUGAAUUCCCUCUUCUGACAGUGCUUGUUAUACAAGCGCUGAUACUAUAUGUUUGCUGCAAUUGGUGCUGUACAGCAGUCAUAUAGUGGAAUGUUGCUGAUUAUAAAUUAGGCAGCCAGCAUUAACCUCUCCAGGAAUCUGGGCCAUUUGUUCCAGGUAAAUUAUUUAAAGUGUAUGAAUGAACAGUUCGGCCUGAAUAUUCCAAUGGUUAGAACGGAGAAUGGCAGAUGGAGUAGUGUCCCAUUGGUUUUUCGUUCUCUUUACAGUUUGAUAAACAUCAAGAGUUGGGACAUUUUUCUGCUGUUCAAUUUUAGAAGGUUUCCAGACUCUGCUUUUU